AUGGCGAUUGGCGGCGCAGUCAGUGCUUUGGACGCAGAUGCGUGGGUGGAGGAGGAGUCUGAGCUAGUGUUUGGUGAAGGGGACCACCAAUGGUACACGACAGGUCAGGAAGAAACGCCAGCUCCUCAGCAUGGGGGUUCGACUACUCUGUGGCGUCAUCCGCCAUUUGCCGAAGGAGAGACAUUCAUUAGGCCUUCUUCGCUUUUUUCUUUUGGCAGAGCGCAUGGCGGUUAUGACGCGACAAGGCCUGAUGCCUGGCUCGGUGGUUCCCCGGCGAACACGGAUGAACAGGCCUUGCAACAAAUGGUGGUGGGCACUGUAUCACUGCAUCCAAAGGUGGGGACAAGCUCAGCAGCUUUCGCCAGUGCAAGUUCCUUGACAGUGUCUAGUAAGCCUUCACCUGGUGUCGCCCGCAGUAUCGCACGUGCAGACGUCGGUGAGGGGAGUGAAGUCCAGUCCAUUCAAAUCAAGACAGCGCAAGUGCUUCGACAGCAGGCAGACGGGACCUCCGUUGCUUCGGAUGCCUUGGAGGGGCCAGUGUCUGCUGCAACUGCGCGGGCAACCACUAGUGGAGGCGCGGAGCCCUCUUGGUCUAAGGACAUUCGUCAGCAUCCUUUUGUGCGGCUGCCAGUGGUGAACCCGGAGAAUGUUCAAAGUCAUUUCACUCAGAUACGCGUCCUACCAUUUGACAAAAAGGUGGAUAGCCCAAUGGAGGCAUACAAAGUCAUUUCACUCAGAUACGCGUCCUACCAUUUGACAAAAAGGUGGAUAGCCCAAUGGAGGCAUACAUGGCAAUGCGCAGAUUGUUUGCGAAGCCUUCCCUGUCGGCUGAAGAUGCGAAUAUACUUAUGCGCAGAGCCAAACUAUUAG